AUGUGAAAAAUGAUUUUCCGCCCGCGCGAAGGCCGCAGCUCCGUUGCUGUAGCAAGUGAGUGCGUGUUUCGAAACCGCCGCCGUCGCCGCCGCCGCCGUGAAAGGUGUAUACCGCCUCCUAUGUGCGACGGGUUAUUGUUACCGUGGUAUAGUGGUAGUGGUUGACGAUAACGACGGUGGUGGUGGUGGUGUGUUACCCGCUUUUCCGAACCGAUUUUCCCACUACUGUGGGAUUAAGUUUUCAUAUAUAAACUCCAGACGACCGCAGUAACAGUACCACAAUCAGUCUUUCCUUCGUUUGACUAACAAUAUCGUGCCAAUAUAUUAUAUAUUCAAACAAACAUGGGUUCCAUAACUCCUCUGAUAACUAUCGCGUGUUUGGUCGGUUUGACGUCUUUCGGUGCGGCCAAAUUGAGCGAUAACGAAGUAGCAGAAGGAGUCAUAAAGCACACGCACUACCAUACCGGUGACGUGGAACACGCACAUAAACACGACGGUGAGGCACACCACGAGCACCACCACAAGGGAAGCGCCGAGCACGCUCAUCACCACGGAGGAGAGUUCGGACACGGACACCAUCACGGCGGCGAGUUCGGCCACGGGCAUCACCACCACGGUAGCGCCGACCACAAGCAUCACCACGGCGGUGAGUUCGGUCACGGACACAAGCACCACGGAAGCGCCGANCACAAACAUCACCACGGCGGAGACUUCGGACACGGACACCACCACGGCGGCAAGUUCGGACACGGACACGAACACCACGGAAGCGCCGAGCACGCGCAUCACCACGGCGGCGAGUUCGGACACGGACACCACCACGGCGGCAAAUUCGGCCACGGACACCACCAUCACGGUAGCGCCGAUCACAAGCACCACCACGGCGGCAAGUUCGGUCACGGACACAAGCACGGCGGUAGCGCCGAACACGCUCACCAACAUCACGGCAAGGCCGCUCACGGUCACCACCACGCCGGUCACUCCAAACAUCACCAUAAGCACACCGUCUAAACACGUCGUCGUCGUCCGACGGAGACGACCGCGAUCGCCAGUCGUACCAUACCGCCGCAUAAACGACCCCGCAGGGACGGAAGUGACGAAGUCGGCACUCGUCUCCAACUCCUGCUCCCAUCUUCCGCCCCGCUGCAUUUGGUAUUGACUAUAUGAAUACGGUUAAGGUUAUCGGGUUCUUCGAUUACUUGUUUCCAAAGUUUCCAGCUCCUCCGACUACUCGUCUUGUAUUUCCAGUCUCUCCAUAACUCCCUUCUCGUGCGCUUCAUUCGCUUCUCUACACGAUUUAAGCCUCUCUAUUUCGUCGGCGGCGUCAAAUGUUUCCGGCGGUUGUCAAUUGUUUUAUUGCCACCGCCGCCGCCAGUGUUGUUGUUGGUUGGCGUUACUGACACUCCAUACUAAUUUCGGUAUUCCUAAAUACAGUAAUGUAUGAACUGUUGUUACUACUUGUAUAACUUAUAUUAUAUAUUUGUUCUGUGAUAAUUUUAAGUACUCAUUUGUAAUGAUUUAUUUUUAUUACUACUUAUCGUUGUAAUCGGGUCUUUUUGUACGUAUACAUAUACAUAUAUAUAUAUACAUAUUAGUACUAUUCUAUAAUAAUAUGUUAUUUCAGUUUAGGAUAGACUAAUCAAAAUUGGCGGUGUAGCUUCCGGUUUCUUACUGUUAUAUUAUAUAAACAUUGUAUUUUAUCGUAUAGGUACAUAUUUACGUAUACAAUA